AUGAUCUCGUUAAGAGGAUUGUUUAUUCUUUUGAGUAUCCCCUUUAAGCUUUUAUUAGUAUUGCUCAAAUACCCCUUUGUUGGAGGUGUCAAUAAAAAGUUCAAGAAUGAUUUGAAAAACUCGUUGAAACUUCAAUUGUAUAAAACGGCGUUAUCGACCCCAGUUAAAGACGCAGCUCUUUUAUCAAUCUUGUCAAAUCAUUUCCUUAUCAAUAAGUUGAUCAAAUUGUUAUACCCUAGCUUAACCAAACCUUUAAACAAGUAUGGUCAAAAUUAUGACGAUCAAAGCUUUUGGCUAGUUGAAGCACAAAACAGGAGUAAAGAUGACCCGAUACUCUUGUAUUUACACGGUGGAGGCUAUUAUCUCGAAACAAUGCCUCAGCAAUUGGAGUCAUUAUUGGGAAUAUACCAUUUUCUUGAACCAGAAAAGAAGAAAACUUUGUCUAUAUUGCACUUUGACUAUAAGUUAGCUUGUAGAGGUCAUAUCGUUACAACACAACUAUACCAACUAGCAAAAACUUAUGAGAAAUUAACUGUAGAAGAUGGAAAUACAAAUAUCAUUUUUAUGGGUGAUUCUGCUGGUGGUCAUUUGGCAGUAACAUUUCUCCAGUAUUUGAAGCAAUUGCAAAAUAAAAAUACUAUAUGGCCAAAAACACUUGUGCUCAUUUCGCCUUGGGUCAAAUUGUUUCCUGAUGUUCAUCAAUUCUCCACAAAAGGAUGGUCCUACUUUGAUAACAGCAAUUACGAUAUGAUCCAACACCACUAUUUCUUGGAAGAACCUCGUCAAAAGGCUAUAGUUGGCCAUUUGGAUCAUAGGGACAUGUUGAUAUCACCAGGAAACUUACCCUACAAACAUAGUGACUGGGAAGACAUUCCAUCAUUAAAUGAUUCGGGAUACUCUGUUUUUGUGAUUGUUGGAGAGCAUGAAGUGUUUAGGGAUGAUAUCUUAGAAUGGUGCCAGUAUGCAUUGAAGUCACCUUUACUCAAGCAAGAAAAAGAAUCAGAUGGCUCGAUUGAUGUCAAGAUUCAUGAAUACAAGAAUGAUGGUGACAGAUUAAAUGGCGCUUAUGUCGACGUGAUUAUUGAGCCAUGGGGUGUUCAUGAUUCAGCUUUGUUUUUUGAAAACGAAAUUGCAAAAAGAGUAAAGCAGAAUCCAAAUUUGAAAUUCGAGAAUUUAGAUGCAGAAGAGUUUUUUGGAAUCGUUCGUAUUGUAAUCAACGGUGUCAAAAAGUUGUACCCUAACUUAACCAAUUUAAACAAUUAUGGAAAAAAAUAUGAUAAGCAGAGUAUCUGGUUAGUCGAAGCUCCCAAUAGAACUAAAGAAAAAAAUGAUCCCAUAGUCAUAUAUUUGCACGGUGGUGGAUACGUGCACGAGACUAGAGCGCCCCAGAUUGAAUCAGUUUUAAGUAUUUUCCAUUUGCUUGAGGCUGAAAAGAGAGAUAAGUUGUCUAUUUUGCAUUUGGAUUAUAAAUUGGCAUGCAGGGGCCAUACCGUUACUACACAAUUAUACCAACUAGCAGAGGUUUACCAAAAAUUGGCAGUUCAAGAUGGUAACAAGAACAUCAUUUUGAUGGGCGACUCGGCCGGAGGCAAUCUAGCAAUCACUUUUCUUCAAUAUCUCAAACAAUUGAACAAUAAGCUGAUUCCAUGGCCAAAGUCACUUGUACUCAUUUCGCCCUGGGUCAAGAUAUUUGCUGACCCACACCAGUUUCAAAGUGGCUGGGCUAUCUUUGACAAUCGCAAUAUCGAUAUGGUACCAUACCGUCCUCAUAACGACAUGAGACGCAGAAAGGCUCUAUUGGGCGAUUUAAGUGCGUCAAAUAUGUUAGUAUCGCCAGGGAACUUGCCUUACAAAUAUAAGGACUGGGAAGAUAUUCCAUCAUUAAAUGAUUCGGGAUACUCAGUAUUUGUCAUUUUGGGAGAGAAUGAAGUCUUUGUAGACGAUAUCCUAGAAUGGUGUAAAUUUGCUUUGAAAUGUCCGUUAAUAAAGCCAGCUGAAAAAUCCAAGGGGAUCUUUCAGCUGGAAAUUCACGAGUAUCAGAAUACUAAUAAUGGUGCUUACGUUGAUGUUGCUAUUGAACCAUGGGGUGUUCACGUUGCCUCCUUGUUUUUUGAAAACGUUAUUGCUGCUAAACUUGAAGGGGAUUUGCAGUUGAAGUUGCAACUGGUAGAUUGUGAGGAAUUUUUUGGCAUUGUUCGGGAUAAUUCCGGUAAAGUAAAAGAUUUUAAAUCAAGCUUUGACGGCGAUAUUUUUCCUUCGAUAUAUAACGAAGAUGAUUUUGUGUUCAAGAUUAAAACCAUUAUAGGUACAUCAGCUCGAUCUCAUCGACAACUUGCAGUUCAGGGCAAUCUAGUUGCAUAUACUGCAAGCGGAGGGAUUGUAGUUAGUAGAAUUGACAAAACAAACAAUUUGGUGGUGAGCCAGCGGUUUUUUUGUGCAAAUGUUAGUUACAAAAGUGAACCGUUAUCAUCAUCAUUAUCAUCAUCAGGAGCAACAAGAGUUUCAGCUCCUGAUGCCUACUUGAAAAUGAUCAAGAAAGAUGCUCUUGCACAGCCAGAAGAGCUAUUGAAGGAUUCUUAUGGAUACUUGCUUAACAGUGAUCCCGAAGAAGUUUAUGGUAACUCUUGCAGUCCCACCGAUUUCGAUGAUUGUUACUCACUGGCAACUACUCCCACAUCUAUGAUGAACAGCUCGUCGUCGCCAUCGAAGUUAAAAAACAAAGUUAGAUCAGUUAGUUGUCUUGCUAUAUCACCAAACAAAAAGCUAUUAGCUGUUGGCGAAACCGGGUAUCAACCACGAGUUCUUUUAUUUUCAUUAGCGCCAAAUUCCCACAGUGGACCAAUAAUUGUGAUAUAUGAGCAUUCAUUUGGAAUAAAUAGCUUAUCAUUUUCUCCUGAUUCAAAGUACCUAUGUUCAUUAGGGCUUGUUAACGAUGGGUGUAUUCAUAUUUGGAAAUUGGGCUUGAAUACUGCUAUACUACAAGCAAGCAAUCGAUGUUCUAAUAUAGUGCAUAAAAUGAUAUGGCACGAAAACACUAUAAUUACACUUGGGUUGAGAUUUAUUAAAUUGUGGAAUUUUGAAAAUGGCGCAGGUAAGCCGCUAGUGCUAAAGGGGAAGAAUGUCACUUUGGGAAAUUUGAUGAACUCCAAUUUCGUUGGAGCAAGUAUUUUAAACGAAGAUGAGAUGUUAAUAAUUGCAAAUUCCAACCAAUUGCUACUACUCAAGCUCAAUUUCAACUCGCCCAAACUAGUAGCGUUGGAAAGCCCACUGCUUCAAUUUGACUCGCUUGCUGUGGAUCAUGAAUCAGGGGUAGUUUGGCUAGGAGGCGAAACAGAUGAUGGGUUGAAAUCUAUCCCCAUUGAUCAGCUAAAGACGCGUGAGUUGAAUCAAUUGAGUAAUGGUCUUGUCCAGACUAAUAGUAGUAGCAGCAGCAGUAGUAGUAGUAGUAAAUUUCCAACAAAGUUGCAUCUGCAAUUCAACAGUGGCGUUUUCGGGAUUGCGCCUAAGGAAUCAACAAAUAGAAAUGGCGCUUUAGUUGAUAUUGUUGAUUUUUCUUCAACGCAUCUUAUUUGUCUCAGUGGAGACGAAACAAUUAGGGUUUACAACAAACUGGAAGGUAGACAAGACUCGCCACUCGCUGGAGCCGUCAUAAGUGAUAUAGCCGGCUUCAAAAAGAGUCAUACUAAGGAAUUCUUGGUGUUUUCAAAAUUUGGUAAAGUUGAAAAGUUUCUUCCAGAAUCUUCUGAGUUGAAACCAUUACUUAACUUUCAGCUACCUAGCAACGGUAUAACUCCAAACACAUUAACAGCAAUAGAAAAGAUUGAUGAACUGACAUUUGUUUUAGGUGAUAAGUACGGUUCUUUAUAUAUUGUUGAAAUUCAAGGCAAUCCAUCAGAAUACGAAAUCAAAUAUCGAACUCAGGCUCAUGUGACAAUCAUAAAUGAAGUGAUUUUUUUUCAAUUUCAAGAUAAAAACUUAAUAUGCAGCAUAUCAAGAGACAGGAUGAUCCAACUCUUUGUUCGAGACGAAGAAUCUAAGAUAUGGGAUUUAUGGCAAACUGUACCAACACAUAAUGGAAAUUUGCUUCAGGUGAAAUAUCAUGAUAAUAGACUAUAUGUUUGUUCAAGCGACAGGUCGAUUUCAAUCCACGUGCUUUCAGGUGACCCCAAGUUGGCAUUGAUAAAGACUAAAAUAAUCACAUUAAGGUCAACUCCAACUGCGAUGGCAAUAUUUGAUAAUGAUUUGGUAGUCUCCACAGUAGACAGACAGGUGCUAAUAUUUGAUAAUGCCAAUAACAACUUUGAACUAAGGAGAUCUUUAAAGUUGAUGAAUGAGAAGUUGAAUGAGAGUAUAGUAAUUGCUUCCUUCGUCAAAUUCCGUCACUUGUUAAUCGCUUGGUCUGCUGACAAAUCCAUACGGUGCUUUAAUUAUUCAACUGGGAAACCAAUUGGAGUCACUUGGGGUCAUCUGGAUUCCCUUCUUGGGUUAUAUCUUAGAACUGAAGAUGUUGAUGUUGAUGUUGAUGAUGUUGAUGAUGUUGAUGAUGAUGAUGAUGAUGAUGAUGAUGAUGGUGGUGGUGGUGGUAUUAAUGAUGAAGCAGAGUUGAUAUCAAUUGGCAGUGAUGGUUGUUUGUUUUCUUGGAUAAUCACAAAAGUAUCUUUUAAAGAAGAUUAUUCACGAGCUUCGCCUUUUGAUAAAGCAGCCACGUCAAUCAACAAUCAAGAAGAAGAUUUGCAGUUUCCUGCUUACUCGAGAGUCACUCGAAAAGUUUUAUCAAUUACUCAGUUGGCUCCAUCAAGCUCUCUGUCCAAAGAUAAAUCCAGUGAGAAGAUAAAUAAAUUCACAACAAAUCAAGCAUCUGCUACCUCCGUAUCUUCUUCUUUUUCUUUUUCUUCAUCUCCAACAAGAUUGACAACAGCUACACAAAGGAGGAUUGAUAUGAGAAACAAAUCUGUAGCUGCAUCAAACUCGACAUCAUCGCCUACAAAUUCACGUCCAACAUCACCAAUGAGAUCAAAAACUGUAUCUGGUUCUAGUUCUUGUUCUGGGCCUGGGUCUGGGCCUGGGUCUGGGCCUAGUUCCGUUUCACCAAAAAGAUCUGGAUUAUCAACCAUUGAAAAAGCACCACUUCCAUUUGUAUUGUCCAAAUUAGACUCUCCAUUGAAAUCACCAACAACACUGUCUCGUCGAGCAUUUUCACCUAAAAACCUACCAGAUACCAGCACUAGCACUGCCUCCGCCACUGCCGUUUCUAAAUCAAGACCAUUUGUACACAUGACUGGAAUUGCUCGCCAAGGAAGUAAGAUCGCGCCACCUCCACCUUCUUCUUCAUCUCCUUCUCCUUCUUUCCCUAUAUCUCAACCAAAAACAUCGAUGUCAACGCCUACAAUAACCGAUACUUGCGAUAGGUUUGUAUCACAGCUUAACAAAAUGCUUGAACAUGCUGAUCAACUUCUGUUGGAGCAGAAAUCUACAAUUCUUGACAAAUUGGACAAACUAAGAAAACGAAUAUCUCCAGAAAUCGACAACACGAGAGACGUAUCAUUGGAAGAAUAUAGCGAUAAACUAAUAGCUAUAGUUGAGCAAAAAAUGGCAUCUUUUUACUCCUUUGCUCUGCGAAACGUCCGAUCAACCCCUCUUGAUGAGGAGGAGGAGGAGGAGGAGGAGGAGGAGGAGGUAGUAGCAGACUGA